GUUACCCAACGCGGGAUGUGAAAACACGUUGUGAUCACUGCAUGACUGAGCAGACUCUCUUAUGUCAAUAAACACAAAACAAAUUCCACGAUGUGCUAUUUCAAGUAACGUGACGUGCAAAAACUGAGCUUACAGUUACAGGAUCGUUUGCAGGAUGGGGCUUAUCAUAUCGUUCUGUCAAUUGAUCUUUGAAAAAUUGUUCAAGAAAAGCGAAUCAAGAAACAAAUUUGAAAUUGAGGAUGGCAUCACCUUGUUUGGCAACGAACAAAGCCCAGCUGCAAGGAGAGUCCGUAUUGCUCUUCAUGAAAAGAAGAUUCCAUAUAAACAGGUUGAAGUGGAUCUGCUCACAGGUGAGAAUCACCACCCAGACUUUGUGAAGAUCAGUCCCAACAGAAAAAUACCAGCGAUUGCCUUUAAGAAUGUGCAGGGCGUCCAAGAUUGUGUGAUGUUCGAGUCCAGCGUGAUCAUUGAGUACUUGGACACUGUAUUCCCAGGAAGCAAGCUCUACCCCGUCGAUCCCUGGGAAAGGGCACAGGUCAAGAUGUGGAUGGAUUGGGAACUUGGUCUUGUUGAUGACCAUGUACCACUGGUGUAUCAGAAUGUCCUCCCAUUCAUCCUGAGACUCACACAGCCGUCAAAGGAAGCCUACCUCAAGGCCAUCAACCCAAACAUGCCCAAGGCGAAAACUGACAUGUUUUGUAGGGUAUAUGAUGGGACCCACAGGAGCCAGGAGGAACUAGAGAAACAUGCCCUUGCUUGCUACCAGAAUCUGGUCGUCCUGGAGAUGGCGCUCCAAGACAAAGAGUACCUGGUUGGAGACAGAUUCACGGUUGCCGAUUUGACAGUUUUACCCCGAGUUCAGAUGUUCUUGACCAGUGGGCUGCCAUUCACAGACAAGCACUUCCCAAAUAUUGUCCGAUAUCUUAAGAACUUGGAUGGUAGACCCUCAUUCAAGGCAAGUGAGAGAACUUUGGUACGUGUCUCCAACACUGUGAUGACCAAAGCUCCAUGGCUGCUCGUGGGCCUGAGUAACUUCAAGAGUGGCACGAAACACAAGCGUUUUGAUGGAAGUCAAUUCAUCGACAGGGCUCUAGGAGAGACGAAGGCAAGCACCGAGUCCCUGAUCCAGACCAAGCUCCCCUAUGUACACGAGGACGACAUCACCAUCUACUACUAUCCCACCUCCACCGAGGUUUGGCAGGUGAAGAUCCUCCUCAGAGAAAAGGGUGUGUCCUACAAGAGUAUAGACUGCCCCUUCAUUGAUCUGAUUGGCCGAGCAGCAGGGUCAGGGGCAGUGACCAGGAUACAACAUGGCCGCCGCAUGGUGACCGGCCCCAGGACCGUCCUGGAGUAUCUGGACAAGGCUUUCGGCAGCAAAAAACUGUUGCCGGACAAUCCAGAAGAAAGAUCACAAGUUCAGUGUUGGCAGGCCUGGGAACAAGCCAUGUACUUCAAUGAGUUAGCUCCCCUUGUUGAAAUGUGUAUUGUGUCAAAGAUUAUGGUCCUGAGGUAUGAGAAACACCUGGAUGAGCUGCUGUCACUGAGGGGUAACCCUGCAUACCAUGCCAAGUUCAACAACAUCCUCAAGUGCUUCAUGAUGGGAUUAAGAGAGGCCAGUCCCUGUUGGCCACAGCUGCUGGGAGACUAUGGACAUUUGAUGGACACUGAGAUGCACAGGAGAAAGAAGAAGGAAGAGACAUAUGAGUUGCUCCACAUCCGUCUGCAGCAUCUCGAGGCAUCCCUCCAGGACAAGGUGUACCUAGUAGGUGAAGACCUGUCUCUGGCUGACAUCUGCGUGUUCUCCCGCCUGGCUCUGUUUGCGCAUGUCGGGAUGAAGAUCUCAGCUGACAAGUACCCCAGUGUUGCCACCUGGAUGGUCAAGCUUCAAACCAGGCAGUCAUUUUCCGAUUGUAUUGAAUUCCUCAACAAAAUCUUCCAUAUAUAGGGAAAUGGCGAUCUAUUGAUUGACCUUGACCUUGACAUAGCUUUAACAUAUAAUAGUUUAUCAGCUUUGCAUAUUUUUUCACUUAGGGACCAUUCAUAAUUUAUGGCUAGGGGGGAUGAUGAUGAUUUUAACAUAAAAAUAUUUUUAAAAUAUGCUUAAAAAAUAUGGGAGGGGGGUCAUUGAUUUUGUACAUGACAUUCAGGGGGGUCACUUAAUUUGUGCAUCAAUUAUAGGGGGGGUCACUCACAUUGUACAUGCUUCUCCAUAAAAUCAUCAUCACACAGCCCCACCCAACCCCAGGCCAUAAAUUAUGAAGGGUCCCUUAGGACACCAUCAUCAUUAUUAGGAUUAUGAUUCUCAUUUAUGUAAAUAUUUACAUAGUCUAGUCUCCACAUUCCAUUCUACCAUGACAAUUUUGGUAUCCAGUGUUGUGAUAUUUCAGCCAGCAGUAUCAAAUCUACAUUAAACUAUGCAUCUUUAGAUAAUUUCUUUGAAAGCGCUUUUUAAAAAUAACUGUAGGUAAUUUCAUGGCACAAUAAACGUUGCAAAAUUAGGUGGUUUGGGUCCUAGAAUAUUUAAUGUAAGUGGGACAAUAUAUUUUAGACAGAAAACCCAAUGAACAAUGAUUAGGUUAGUGUAUUGCAAUAUAUUAGAUUCAAUACCACAUGAUGCCACAUCACAUAUCAGACCCACUAAUUAUGAAAGAGUAUGUGCCCAUCUCAUUUUUUACAGGUUUCAAACUCUUAUUUGAAACCUAUAAAUGUUUCAAAUGAAAAACUGUACACUCACACAUUAGGUUUCAAAUGAAAUGUACAAAUAUCAAAUCGACUUUCAAGACAUCUAAAUUGAAAACACAGUAGGUUUAUCUUCUAAUUGUACUGUACUCUUUAUGGCCAGCUGAGCAUUGUGUUAAUUAGUACAUUGUAUUUGAGCACUGUAUUUUGUUUUAGAUCCCUAAACUCUUGGCUCAGU